UCACUUCUGAAUGUGCAGAACAUUGACAUUCUCCAUGAGAAGAGACAACAUUGAGUAGUGGACAACAAUUUUGGCAUCUCUCCAGUUCAGCUCUCAGUGUCCCCUUGUGACUGCUUCAUAGCCAGCAGGUUUGGCUACUUGCUUCUGAUACUAUCUUUCUGAUAACAGAGGAAACCCUACUGUCUGCCCAUUGGUUUCAAAUACUGGCACUCAGUUCUCCUUAGUCUCACUUGAUUCCAGAAGGUACAAUGGAGAAGUACACAGAAACACCACCUACCUUGCAGGUAGAGCAUUCCUCUCUUCAGGAAGAAAAUCUGUUUCUGCAGCCACAAAUACAGCAUCUGACAGAAGAGAACCCUGAACUGAGGGGCCAAAUCAUGCCUGCCCUGGCAACCCUGUUGAUGUCUGUACCCUGCUCACUUGAGCAUCUCUCUCAGUUUCAUGGUGACCCUGACAAUCUCUUGACGACCGUGAAGAUCCCCAAUCCUGCAGAUGAUGUCCAAGUCAAGUUCUUUUUAAACUACCUAGCUCAGCAGAUGGAAAGUUGUGGAGUCAUAUCUGGGCCUAACCAGAGCACUUUGCUGAAACAAUAUGAAAAGUUUGUUUUUGAGUUCCAGCAAUCAUUUAGUGAGCCUACAAAACAGGAAACAGACCCCAUGAACAAAGAGGACAACUCCUCUCAGCAGAAUGCUUCUACUUUCAAUCUCCUUGCUCAAAAUCUGAGCUGUAAUGAAACCACUCAGAGGGACCACUUCCAAGAGGAACUAGCUGACUCCAUCCAGGAUGAAGUGAGUGACACAGAUAUGAUGGGCAACCUUCCAGACCUGAUCACUCAGUGUAUUCAGUUGGACAAGAAACGUAGUGACAGGCCAGAGCUCCUACAGUCAGAGACGCAGCUCCCAGUGUUGGCUUCCCUGAUCCAACACCAACCCUUUUCCAGCCCCACAGAUGUAUCAGCCAAGGAAGAGCCUAUACAGUUGCGUGGAAGCCAGCCACCUCUCACCCCAGCCAAACGAGCCCGCCAGCAAGAAGCUCAGCUGUGCCUCUACUGCAGCCAGGCUGGUCACUUCACAAGAGAUUGCCUUGCCAAACGUUCUCGGGCCCCAGCAAGGAUAAAUAACCCAACUCGCCAGUAAGAGAGCCCAGGCAGGUCACUUUGUAAACUUAUAUCCCUCUCACCUCCAGCCUUAUUAAUUUAUAUCCCGCAUUAACAUUUCAAAUACAGGUGGGGAACUGUGAUACCACUUCAUGGACAGUCAAGAACUUAUGUGAUUCUGGGAGUUUAAAUAAUCAGAUCUUGUUCAUUUGGUGACCCAUCACCAAACCAAACCAAACCCAACAAUGAUGAAAACAAUUCGCAGGCACUCUCUGCAUUUGGAACCAAUAACCCAAGAGUACUGAAACUCUGUAGGCAAAACUGGCCAGUCUAAGCCAAUGAAAAUAUCCCUGAAAGUACACUGGGAACUCCAUUCCCUCCAGUGAAUGAGAUCUGGGUUGAGUUUGUUGGCCUAAGUCUUCUGGGACUAAGAUUAGGCCCAAGACUUUCACCUUCACCCUCAUUGGUCUAUAUUCUAGUUCCCUGUUGGUUUAAGACCUUUGGUUGAAUUCCUAAUUGCAUCCCAUAUCCUACCAACAUUUUUCUUUUCUUUUCUUUUUUCAUAUCCUACCAACAUUUUUCUACUGGAGGCUGGAACCUGCUCCACCUAUUGAAGAGAGGCCAGCUUCAACACAAACCAACCCUCAUGGAAACACAGCUCUACUACCUUUCAAUACAGCUAUGUAUUUUGUUGCCAUUUAAAGACUUCUGCUUACCCAAAAAACUGGAUCUCUUGGCUAUUGACUAACCAGAUGGCAUGGCCUUUUGAACACUCUGAUUGGAACUGUUGGUCCACUUCCUUGAGAACUAGCCUUUCAGGCAGGUACAUGUUUUAGCAAGGCCCUAUUAAUUCCAGAUUCCUCCCCUCUUCCUCAAUAACCUUUUUUAGGUUAUAGUAUGUCUAAUAGCCAAGUCAAAAUGGUCUAGGAUAAUGACCUCUGACAAAUAUUUAGUGAGAGUUGGGGAAGGAGUCUUAUCAUAAUUACUAUGUCUAUUAUACCUGGCAGGCAAGGGAACCUAACUAAAUAAAUCUUCACUAAAGACAUAGAGUCAGACCCUGUAGUAGUUUCUGACUCCAUAGGCCUUAGUGUGGUCACCAUUUGGGAUCACUGCCCAAAUGUUGAGUUCUAUACCCUUAUGGACCACCUCUGGGAGCCUCAUCUAGUUGAGAAUCUUGAAAAGCAAUUAAUGGUAGACAAUUCUCUGAACCGUCCCAUCUGAAAAAUCCUGGGGCAAAUAUAUUAACACCAUCCAUACAUAAAACUUAAGAAGAAGUGAGGAUUUGAUUGCUAGUGUUGUGGUUUUAGCACACAGCAGCUCUGUGUAUGGAUUCCUAAUGCUUCUGAACAAAAGUAGUGCCAUGUUGGAGAGACACAAUUUUCUAAAAUGUUAAGGAUGUGCAGUGAUAAUUGAUGUUUGCUGGUAAUCAUCAGUCCACUGUUCCUUGCUUCUUGGUGCUGAUGUAUGUCCCCAUAAUGGAUUUCCUGAAGAAAAAUCAGUAAUUCCUAGCAACCAUCAAGACCUCUCAGAAUAUGAAGCGUCAUUGUACUUUGGCCUUGUUCCUGAAGAAUGAUAUUAACUUUGACAGUACUUAAACCCAGCUAAGGCCUUACUGUUUUCAUCCUGUAGCACUAACAAAUAGAUCGUUUUGUCCAUCAAUGCCUCACUAACCACCGUGCCAAUCCUUAUUUGCAUUCACAAGAGGUUUCCUUUAUCAACAGUUUGCUAUACAUCCACCUUACUCCAUAUGCUCUCAUAACAAGGAGACCAGUUGUGCCAAGAAAUUCCCAUGUGGUACUGGGCUUGUAUGAAAGCCUCUGACAAAUAGAUCUUUUUGAACUUUAAGUGUCUUGCAAUUGCCUGGAGGUAUCCUGAUCUAGCACCACCAAUUCUGUAAUAAAGAACUAACCCAAUAGCCUCCAGUCACUUUCCUUACUGACCCCAGUAUGGCCCCAGAAUGCUGAUGGUAGCAUUCAGUUGGCUUCAUCACAAUCUUUCUUUAUAUUAGGGAUACAAUUUAUCAUUGUGUGCUCUCUCACAAAGAUGCAUCACCUUAUUUCUUGUUUGGACCUUCCCUCUGCAGCAACAUCACCUUCUUCUCCAAAAAACCUUCAGUUUUCAGAGCCUCUCAGAACAGAUCAUUAAUUCUGGGCUAUAAAACCUCUAAUUUCUAGAAGCCCCUUGUUGAGGAAUUCUCAGACAAGAAAUUCUUAUGCUCUAUGUGAUACAAUCCAACAGGCAUACUGAGCAUAUGAAUAAGAUACUGGGAUAAUGCUUUACUGUCUACUAGCUAGCAACCAUUUUAUUUACCCCUUCAAUAUUUGUUAUAAUGACACCAUUCACUUCAACUAGAAUAAACUCUUUAUUUAGCAUAGAGUUCUACAGACGUUUGCCCCCAAACUUAUACCAAAGUGAACUUCUCUGAGAGUGCAACUAAUUAAAAUCUGAGAACACAUGAGCUAUAACCUACUUAAAGAUGUAGUCUGCAACUACAAAGGCUUGGGGAGCCCCCAGGUCCAAUCAAGAUUGUAGUUUUAGGGAGGCAGAUCUGCUACAUGAUUGCCAUCCAGCAAGAUAAAAUCUAAUGAUUUUAUGAUAAGUCUGAAGAAAGAAUGGUUAACAAGAGAAUGGUCUUCAGGGAGUCUAGAAAAGGGGGGGGGGAUUAAAGAGCCAUAUGGCAUCUGUAAUCUCUCUAGACUAAGAGAGGGGAUAUCGACCAAGAGCUGAUUUCGUAGGUCUAUGUACAGUGGAGCGGAGGCAUCAGGCCAUUCCAAUUUGUGUAAUUAGCCAUUAAGGUUGCCACCUAACUCCCUUUGCUGUGACCCCAUGCUCUAAGAAGUAAUAUGAUUGUAAUUAUGUUCCCAUAUAAACUUUGUUGUGGGAAGAAAAUUUGCUAGCCAGCUGACAUGAGUAUUACAGCAU